CGUAGUUGUAAACACAAAAGCAGCUUUUCCGGUCGACUUCCGGCAUUCACACUCCAGGCAUCCGUGACCUCCGCUUUCCGGCGACCGUGUCCAAUCGUCCCUACUCACCACAUUUCAUUUCCGUUCUGCAAUCUCCUUCAUUUCCCUAAUUAUCCAGGUCCGUGAUGGAAGAAUUUUUUUAUUUCAGGUUCUAAGAAAGUUACUCAUUAAUUUGCAAUGCUACAAUGGAUGGGUGGAUCAAGGAGGAAAGUUACCACCUCAAGGAAUUCAACACUGAAAAGGCAAAAGCAAUACUUUGAGCAAAGAAGACAAAAACAUCAGCAUCAUCAGACAGAUGUUGAAAACUACCACGGAAAUAGCCAAUAUAAUCAGCAACUCAAAAACAACAAAUCACUGGACGUUCUCAGUUUGCUGAACCUUUCAGUUAUUCCGGGAGAAUCUAACUCUGUUUGCCAUCAAGGAAAAUCUGAAGGUGACGCUCUCAUUCUGGACUAUCAGACUAAGCUGUAUCCUCAAACAGCGCACACAAAUGAAGUUACUCAAAUAAGCCCUCCUAGGAUCAAGCUUGAAGAAAAUUUACCAUGUGAUCUUGCUGAUACGGAAUGCAUAAGAAAUUUUCCAGUUGGUGCACUCGAAUCCCAGAAGAAAAGGUUGAAGGGUGAUUGGAACACCUUAAAUCAAUCAAAGCUGCUCACUGAGAAUCAGCUAUCUGUUAUUGAUAUUCUAGAUGAUGAUGGUCCAAGUAGCACCCUUGAACAAGAUGUUGGACAUGAAGGUCAUGUUGCCUUUUCAGUUCAAGGUUUAGGUAAAGUGAAUGCAGAAACACCAAUUCAUUCACCAGAGAGGCCUGUCAGCUGCAGAAACUUUUCGUAUGGACAGUGUUUGCCAUUGAAAGAGAGGGUAAAAACUCACUCAUCAAUCAAAACUACUGGCAGGCCAGACGGCCUCAACCAUGAAUUGGCCACUACGAUGAGGGAUAUCAGAGAGUCCAUAUAUAAAAGUUCGGAACCAUCUUUCUGCUCUAGCAGCAUUGACGACUUAUUUUGUUGCCCAAAGAAGGACUUGUUUUCCAACAAAAAAUUAUCUAAAGUUAGUGAUUAUGAUACUAAUCUGGAUGACAUUUUUGAAGAUGAUGAGCUGUUUGGAAAUGAGAGGAAAAAGAACAGUCAGAAUGCCACUUCCUCGUUUCUACCUUAUGGCAUUUGUGACCAAGAAGAAUAUGGUUUUCCUUGUAAGGGCGAGUUAGAUGAAUUGGAAUUUUGUUCUAGUCAUCCUGCAGAUAGAAGUAAUGAUCACCAAGAUUUCUACUUUGAGAGCCAUCAGUGGAAGAGCACCAGGAUGCAACCCCCAUUUGAAAUCAAUUACAGAGAUUCCCCUUCUCUAUUUUCCAAGCAUCAGACUCAACAUUACUUUGAAGAUUCAGACCCGAACAUAAAAUGCAACUACUCUAUAGAAACCAGAGGGUAUUGUUUUGUGGAAAACAAAAAACGGACAGCUCCCUCAUGCUCUGCAAGUGAUGACAUGAUGGAUAAUCUGAGUUUUCCGAGUGAAGAAUCAUGCUUCUUUUCUGCUGCAGUGAAGGGUGAUUUGUUGGGAUCUACCAUAGACCACCAUGACAUGGACAAUCUUCUUCAUAAAAACACAAUGGAGACCAAGAACAGAUUUUGCAAUGGCGAUGGAUGGACAGAAAGCUUCUCAGAUUACCCAACUACUGCUCAAGAAAGAUGGCCAGAUCAGAAAAACCAUGGAUUGAUCUCAAAGGACCUACACAGUCUAGAUGAAGACUUCAUGGGUUUUACUCGCGAACACCUGGGCUGCUCCAAACAACUACCAUUGGAAGAACCCAAUAUCAUUCCGAAACCAGCCAUAAUCAUAAUCUCAAACACCAUAUCUGCUGGACCGAGUGUGCCGAACCUAUUUCAGCCCAAGUCCUCCAUCCACAAGACCAGAGAAUGCAUCUCCCAGGCUAGCAUGGUUUCAUCAUCAUCCGACCAGUUGGGCGAUCACACCACAAAGGAACCAAAAUGCAUAACCCCAGAUGUAACUGAGACUACAAACAAUGGGUCCAAAUCUAUGAUGGAACAAGCUGAUGAGGCUUCUUCAUGUGCAGAUAUUGCAGCUGGAGAUCAAGCCGAAGGAAAGAGACGAGGAGGAAAAAUGAUAAAUUUCCUUUGUUUCAAGCGCCAUUGGAGUUUUGAUGCUACUCUGCAAAGAUAGAAAUGUUGCUUUGGCUAACUUUUGAUGCAUUGCCGCAUUUACUAUCUAAAACUUAAUUGAAAGUAGUAGUUUUAAUGCAACGUAUUAUAACUCUUUGAUGAAGGAAAGAAGAGUUCAAUGAUCCUAAAAUGUACUCCCCUGUCCCAUUUUAUAAUGCCUGUUUCGGUUUACGAAGUUUGACUGAAAUUAUUUUCAAAUCAUUUUAUAUGACAAAUGGUAUAGAAUUAAAAAAUAAAAAUUACAUAUUAAAAAACUACAUCAAAA